AUGAACUCCCCAUACCACGAGCCCUUGGCCCUGGUCAUCAUCUCUUCGAUUUCGAUCAGCCUCGGCGCCGUCGCGGCUGGCUUCAUUCUCGGCGAUAUUCUCCUCCGACGGGGAUGGAGGAGCAUGAUGGGCGUCAUGAUCCCGGUGUACGUGAUCAAUGCGCUGUACCUCUGGCCUCUCACGCUGUGGGUGUACCUCCAGUAUGGUCGACCGCCCAAGCCAAGCAAGGAGGAAGCACCGCGACCGCAACCGAAACCGCACUGCCAUGCUUCUUCACCGCAAGAGCCAGCAGAGGAAGAGGAAGAAGAACCGCGACCGAAAUCUCAUUGUGCCCACCACGCUCCUCCGUCUAAAGAGCCCGAGGAGGAAGGCGACCAUUGCCACGACCGUGGCUCUGAACGGCCCAUGUUCGCAACCCUUACCGUCGCUGUCUGCCAUUGCGGAGCUGGAUGUGUGCUGGGAGAUAUCAUCGGCGAAUGGUUGGUGUACGGGACGAAUACCAGGAUCGACGGCGAAAUGCUCUGGCCUGCUUACUUGAUAGGUACGAUUCUCCACCCUUGGAUGGCUGAUAAAUCCCUUGCUGAUUCGGUUGUUCUCUUAUAGAUUUCGCCUUCGCAAUCGCCCUCGGCCUGGUUUUCCAAUACUUCUCCAUCGCACCCAUGAGCGGCGAAUACGGCCCCAAAACUCUCUACCGCGCCGCGAAAGCAGAUUUCUUCUCCCUUCUCUUCUUUGAAAUCGGUCUCUUCGCGUGGAUGGCGAGCUUUCAGAUUGCCAUUUUCCAUUACAAGCUGGAGAUGAAUACGGUGACGUAUUGGUGGUUGAUGCAGAUUGGCAUGUUCUUUGGGCAUUGGACGGCUGUGCCAAUCAAUUGGUGGUUGAUUAAGACUGGAGUGAAGGAGCCUUGCUGUUAG